AUGCCUGAUAAAAUUGCUCCAAAAGCUUAUCGAAAUAUGAAGGAAGGCUAUGGACUAUGGAAAGAAGGUUAUGUAAAACGUCCUUUGUCAAACCAAAUGUGCAAGCUUCAAAGCUGUUGUUCUUGGUUUAGUUUUUAUCUGAUCAAUCGAUACCAGCAAACAACCGUUCUCGGAGCAACGUCGAAACAACUCCCGGUAACAUCAGGAGUGCCACAGGGGUCCAUCCUCGGUCCGUUGUUGUUUUUGCUGUACGAGAAUCAUCUCUCCAAUGCUGUGACUAGUUCAAGCAUUCCUACAUUUGCUGAUGAUACCAAAAUCUUCAAGACAAUCAAUUCCAUUUCUGAUGCAGCUGCUAUGCAAUAUGACCUGUCAAAAUUUGAGGAAGGCUCGACCAACGUGAACCUGGAGUUAAAU